UAUGUGUCGGAUGUGAACCUUUCGGACGGUACGACGGUUUCUGCUGGCUCUCGCUUCACCAAAAUUUGGUUGGUCCACAACAGCGGUUCGAUCGCGUGGCCCGAGGGGACUCAGAUAGUCUUCACCGGCGGAUUUGUCAACGGACAUGUAUCAGCAUUUCCCGUCCCAAGCGCCUUACCGAACGAGGUAGUCGAAGUAUCAAUUGACACGACGGCUCCUGAGGAAUCUGGGGACUAUGCUCAAUUUUGGCGGUUGAUGGAUCCCACUGGAAGCAAAUUCGGAGAUCGACUUUGGUUACGUUUGAACGUGUUAAUGGGAGAUCAACUU